AUGCCCACGCUAGAUGAAACCACCAGCCAGUUGGCCGGUGCGAAGUAUUUUACUGUUCUAGAUGCGACAGCUGGCUACUGGAACGUUCUACUAUCCAAGGAAUCUUCUAUAUUGACGACGUUCCAAACCCAAUUUGGUAGAUUUUGUUACUUACGAAUGCCAUUUGGUAUAUGUUCCGCGCAAGAAGUCUUCCAAAAGAGGAUGGAUCGCGUAUUUGGGGAAUUGCCUGGUGUCCACGUGAUUGUUGAUGACAUACUUGUAUCGGGAUCAACAAGAGAAGAGCACGACGAGAGGCUACGUGCGACUUUGACAGCCGCGAGACGGAACAGGGUAAAGUCUAAUCCAAAGAAGAUUCAGAAAUGUUCAAGUGAUGUUAAAUUCUUUGGUGAGCUGAUAACGAAAGAUGGUCUGACACCCCACCCCUCCAAAGUGGCAGCGGUAAGAAAUAUGACGUCACUGCAAAACAAGAAAGAGUUGGAGAGUCAGCUAGGCAUGUUCACAUACUUGGCUCAGUAUUCACCACAUCUGUCGGAGAAAACUGCAAUCCUGAGAGAGUUGGUGAAGAAAGAUACCCAUUGGAAUUGGUGUCCUGAACACGAAGCUGCAUUUACCGAAAUGAAAAAUAUCAUAACGUAAGUUCCAGGUCCAGUUUUGAAGGUUUAGGAUACUGGUAAACUUGUCACAGUACAAGUGGAUGCUUCCCAAUCAGGGCUAGGAGCUGUGCUUCUACAAGAUGGGAAACCUGUGGCAUAUGCUUCGACCCAGGAAGCAUACGCUCAAAUAGAGAAAGAAGCAUUAGCGUUAGUCUUUGGAUGCGAGAAGUUCCACCACUACCUCUAUGGUCGAGACUUCGACGCAGAAACAGACCACAAACCUUUUGAAAUAAUCAUGAGAAAACCUCUGCAAGCCACCCCAUUGAGAUUUCAGAGAAUGAGAACCCGUCUACAGGGGUAUAACGUGCACGUUAAGUAUAAACCUGGAAAGGACAUUCCAGUUGCGGACACACUAUCACGGAGUGUUGCCUGUGAAGAGAAUCCAUCGGAAGCUCUAGAUUUAGAAUCUUACGUUGAAAGUAUCGUAAAGGAAAUGCCCGUUUCUGAUGGCAAAAUGGAAGAAAUACGAGAUUCUACGAAACGUGAUGAAGAGUUACAACAGCUUCAACGUUGCGUGAAACAUGGGUGGCCCGAGUCCCUCAAAGAAAUACCAGCACUAGCGCAGUGCUAUUGGAACUGUCGUGAUGAAAUCACAGAAAUCGAUGGGAUCAUGUUCAAAGGGGCGAAAAUCAUCAUUCCGAAACCUAUGCGCCAGGAAAUGUUAAUGAGGAUACAUACUGGGCACAUGGGUAUCCAGAAAUCAAAAGAGCGUGGUAGGGAUGUUUUGUAUUGGCUAGGCAUGGCGAAAGAAAUAGAGGAUCACGUAUCAAGAUGUUCAACUUGUCAAGAAUAUCAAAACCUUCCACAAAGAGAACCGUUGCUUCCUCACUGCAUUCCAAGUCGUCCAUGGCAAAUGGUGGGAACGGACUUGUUUUGGUGGAACGGUGCAAAUUAUCUACUCCUAGUGGACUACUAUAGCAAUUUUUUCGAGAUUUGUCUGUUGUCUAAUAUAAAGAGCGCUACGGUAAUUCAACACACCAAAUCUAUUUUUGCUCGUCUAUUUUUGCUCGCCAACACAAAACCUCUUCUCCAGUCUAUCCACAGUCUAACAGACUAGCUGAACGUACGGUUCAAACAGUGAAGAAUCUCUUGCAGAAGGCGAAAGCUAGUGGAGAAGAUCCGUAUCUAAGUCUGCUCAGUUACAGGAAUACUCCUGUAUCUGAUGCUGGUUCUCCUGCCCAACUAUUGAUGAAUAGGAGAUUGCGGGCAGAUCUACCAAACACAAGUAAACAGUUGGUUCCAAAGAUCCUUAACCGUCGACACGUACAGAAUUGCUUAACAAAACGAAAGAUUAAACAAAAGCACUAUUAUGAUCGUUCUGCAAAGGCUAGGAAACCCUUGCAUAAAGGAGACCAAGUGCGAAUAUACGUGAUAAAACUUGGCAACCAGCAACUGUCAUUGACCGCGAUCAAGCUCCCAGAUCUUACCAUGUUAAAACGCCGGACGGAUGUGUUUAUAGAAGAAAUCAAAGACAUUUGA